GGUGACGUCAGAUGAUAAUGGCCCCGGAAAAUUCUCAGCCGACGGAACUGAUUAACGGCAACGGAGAUUUCAAUGAGUUGGGUUUCAAGGACUUUAUCCGAGGCGCUGCUGCAUCUAUUCCGGUCAUUGCCAUCAUAGGCCCGCAGUCCAGUGGAAAAAGUACUUUGUUGAAUCAUCUAUUCCGUACAAACUUUAGGGAAAUGAAUGCAAUAUAUGGAAGGAGCAAGACAACGAAUGGGAUAUGGAUAGCAAAAGCUCCUCAUAUUGAGCCCUUAACUGUGGUGCUUGAUUUGGGGGGUACAGAUGGUAAAGAGAAGGGAGAGGAUGAUACAGCAUUUGAGAAGCAAAGCGCCUUGUUUGCUAUAGCAAUUGCUCACACUGUCAUCAUAAACAUGUGGUGCAGUGAUGUCGGCCGCGAGCACGCUGCGAAUAGGCCUCUUUUGAAGAUCGUUUUUGAGGCAUUGCUAUCCUUGCUAGCUCCUCAGAAAACAACUCUUCAUUUUGUGGUACGCGACGGCAACAAUAUAGGGAUACCCUCGGAAUUAUUGAAGUGUAAUUUGAAGGAAGAUAUCGAGAAGAUUUGGGAAGCGGUUCCCAAGCCCCCAGGCAACGAGGGCACUCUACUCACUGAGAUCUUCAACGUGGAGGUUACCGUGUUGUCACAUUAUAUCUAUAUGAGACAUGAGUUUGAUGAAGAGGUGGUCCAACUCCAAAAGCAAUUAAUCUCCCAUAAUCUUGAUCUCUCUACAUCAAAAAUUUCUCUCAGCAGUGCCAAGAAAACAUGGGAUAUUAUCAAAGAAAUUAAAGGCUUCAAAGCUCCACGUAAUUACAGGCUCAUGGUUGCCACAAUGCGAUGUGAAGAGAUUGCCAUGGACAAGUUGAGGCUCUUUCAGUCUGACCAGGAAUGGUUAGAAAUAGAAAAAAGUGCAAAAACUAAACUUGUGAUUGACUUCGGUGCGAAAACAAAGUCUAUCUUGGCUAAGUAUCUCUCCGAAUACGAUAAGGAAACUAUGAAUUUUGAAAGUAGUACUAUAGGAGGGUACGAUCAACAAGUACACAAAGUCAGAAGCUCUAAACGUCAAGAUCUGACAGUAAAGGCACUAAAGAUGGUCUAUCCUGCUUACAUGAAUACGUUGGGUCAUCUCCGAUCUGAGACAUUGCAAAGCUUCACGACUCAACUCAAAGCACGCAUACAAAAUUUUUCUCUGUCUGCAUUUGAGUCAUAUCGGACAUGCUAUGACUCUUGUGUGCUGCAGUUUGAUCUGCAAUGUUCAGAAUAUGCUACCAUAGAGGAGGCAAAUUGGAAGGAGGAAGCUUCAACUGUGCGCGAACAACUUCUCCAUGAAAUAAGAAACUGUACACUGAAUCAGCUACGGCCGAUGGAAUUGAUUAAUGGCGACGGAGAUUUCAAUGAGUCGGGUUUCGAGGACUUCAUCCGAGGCGCUGCCGCCUCAAUUCCGGUCAUUGCCAUCGUCGGCCCGCAGUCCAGUGGAAAAAGUACUUUGUUGAAUCAUCUAUUCGGUACAAACUUUAGGGAAAUGAAUGCAGGAACUGGAAGGAGCAAGACAACGAAUGGGAUAUGGAUAGCAAAAGCUCCUGAUAUUGAACCGUUAACUGUGGUGCUAGAUUUGGAGGGUACAGAUGGUAAAGAGAAGGGAGAGGAUGAUACAGCAUUUGAGAAGCAAAGCGCCUUGUUUGCUAUAGCAAUUGCUCACACUGUCAUCAUAAACAUGUGGUUCUGUGAAAUCGGCCGCGAGCAAGCUGCGAAUAGGCCUCUUCUGAAAACCGUUUUUGAGGCAAUGCUACCCUUGCUUAGUCCUCAGAAAACAAAUCUUCAUUUUGUGGUACGCGACGGCAACAAUACGGGGACACCCUCGGAAUUAUUGAAGUGUAAUUUGAAGGAUGACAUCGAGAAGAUUUGGGAAGCGGUUCCCAAGCCCCCAGACAACGAGGGCACUCUACUCACUGACAUCUUCAAUGUGGAGGUUACCGUGUUGUCACAUUAUAACUAUAUGAGACGCGAGUUUGAUGAAGAGGUGGUCCAACUCCAAAAGCAAUUAAUCUCCCAUAAUCUUGAUCCCUCUACAUCAAAACUUUCUCUGAGCAGUGCCAAGAAAUAUUGGGAUGACAUCGAAAAAUAUAAAGGCUUCAAAGUUCCACCUUAUAGGCUCAUGUUUGCCACAACAAGAUGUGAUGAGAUUGCCGUGGAAAAGUUGAAUCUCUUUCAAGCUAACCAGGCUUGGUUAGAAUUAGAAGAAAAUGCAAAAACUCAACUUGUGAAGUACUUCGGUGCACAAACAAACUCUAUCUUGACUACGUAUCUCUCCGACUACGAUAAGGAAACUAUAAAUUUUGAAAGUGGUACUAAAGGAGGUUACGACCAACAAGUACACAAAGUCAGAAGCAAUAAACGUCAAGAUCUGACGGUAAAAGCACUAAAGGUGGUCUAUCCUGCUUACAUGAAUACGUUGGGUCAUCUUCGAUCUGUGACAUUGCGAAGCUUCACGACUCAACUCGAAACGCGCAGAAAAGAAUUUUCCCUGCCUGCAUUUCAGUCAUUUCAGACAUGCUAUGACUCUUGCGUGAUGCAGUUUGAUCAGCAUUGUUCAGAAUCUGCUACGAUAGAGCAUGCACAAUGGGGGGAUGAUGCUUCAAGUGUGCGCAAACAACUACUCCGUGAAAUUAAAGAACAUGCACUAAAUCAGCUACGGGAGGAACUCUCCAUUAGUGUUACUACAAAAGUAUUGAAUGUUGUAAAAGAUUGUAGUGUGAUGGACAUAUGGAGUUGUAUUAGGAGUUACAUGGAGAGUGAGAAUGAGACAGCUAAAUUGGCGGCUGCUGGCAUAUCUGCAGCGGAGAAUGAACAAAUCGUAAAGAGUGAGAAUGAGGCAGCUAAAUUGGCGGUUGUUAGUAAAUUUGCAGCGGAGAAUGAACAAAACGUAAGGAGUGAGAAUGAGACAGCUAAAUUGGCGGUUGUUAGUAAAUUUGCAGCGGAGAAUGAACAAAUCGUAAAGAGUGAGAAUUUUGCAACAGAGAAUGAACAAAUCGUAACAGAUUUAGAGAAACACGCUAGAGACAGAGUGGUCUCCUGUUUCAAAGAUGAAGCUCCUUAUGUCGAUAAACUCUUGAGUCAAAGGUACGUUCAUGCUUUAGCACCAAGGGACGACAACACAAUGCCAACUAAGGAGGAGGCCUACCGUCAGUGUAUAGAUAUAUUGUCGGAAAUGGCUGUAAUACGUUUAGAUGAUACAUACGACGUCGUACAAAGAGUGCUACGUUCUGAGCUGCCUAUUGAUGCAAACAGCGGCGAUGGGAUUUCUCUCUCUUCACGCACAUGGGAAAAUGUCCCUCCUCAAAUGACUGUGAUCACCCCAUUGAGAUGCAAAGAAAUAUGGACCAAGUUUAAACAAGAGAUGGAUGAUCGUUAUUCCAUUGCUGAGAAAUUUGAAGAGGAGGAUCGUUUUUCCAUUGCUGAGAAAUUUGAAGAGUCACAGCAGCUAAGUGGGACUGUGACUCGGAAGCGGUCUCUUCCUAAAUGGGUGAUUUCAGUUCGUAAAUGGGCAAUUUAUGGAUUGAGUAUCGUUGGAGUUGCUCCGUUCAAAAUUCUUCUUUACAGGUUCCCUAAACUCGUCUACAAGUUAGCUAAAGCAAUUGGGAUCGCACGUGGGAUGGUUGCCGUGCUUGGAAAUGGUAGAUAUAUGUAUUCUGCCACAGAGGAGGAACUUAAAGAGGAUGAUAUCCCAAGCAGACAUCCUAGGUUAAUGGAAGCUCUGCAAGAACAUUUGAAUACAACAUAUAAGUGCCUGACUACCGGCCAGGGAAUAUUAAGCUUAACCGCUCCGGUGGCUGCUUAAGUCUACAAAUCAUGAAGCUGUGGUGUUUACAUAAUGAUACUCUUUUUCCUACCGGAGGGUUUACCCCAAUGGAGGUUUUGACGAGGCCCAGCCUUGUGAUUCCCAUGGGCUUAGGAUGUUUCUAUCUUUUCUUUUUUGUAUUCGAUUUUAUUAAAAAGAUUUUAAUGUGAUAGAACAUUUUGUUUUUUUAUCAUGGCCCUUUCUCGAGAAAUGAAAGGUUGUCGACUCUGCCUAGAUACGAGGUUUUAUAUAUACUAAUGAAUCAAAUCAUUAAAAGCCCAAA